AUGCUCCCCUUGCCGCUCCUCCGCAACCUCCAGCCAGCCCUCCUCUCCCUCUUCUUCCUCCCUUACGCAACAGCAGACACCCUCUACAUCGCCUCCUCAGCAUACGACGAUGGCGAGCUGGGUAUCUCCCCCUUCCAGAACUUCACCUCCUCACCCCUGCACCCACCAGCAGUCAACAUCGUCACCGGCUACUCCUCUUCCCCUUCCAGCAUAAGCACCGACCUCACGCUCAUCGCCUACCGUGGUGUGGAGGCAGCAUUCGGCGCCCCGCUGAUACUGGACAAUAAUGGGAGCACAGUGUGGAGCGGGGAGAUCGAUUGGGGGAAUAGCAUGGACCUGAUCGUGCAGGAGUAUCAGGGCCAGCCCGUGUUGAGCUUCUUUCAAGGGACGUUCUCCAGUGCUGGGUUUGGCGAGGGCUACUGGGUCGUCCUAGACCAGUCAUACAACGUACUCACAACCGUCUCCUCGCUCAAUCAGACCGCCAACACCUCCGACUUCCACGAGUUCAUCCUCACGCCACAGAACACGGCACUCGUCGAGUCCUGGCGUGUCGAGUCCGCCGACUUGUCCCCUGUCGGCGGCCCGCAGGAAGGCUUCACGUGGGACUGUGUCUUCCAGGAAAUUGACCUGAGUAGUGGGGAGCUACUGUUUGAGUGGAGGAGCUUGGAACAUGUGCCUGUUAGUAUGACGUACUUCGGGUUCGCAAACCCGAGUGUGGGGAACAGCUCGGACAACCCGUUCGACUACUGCCAUAUCAACUCUCUUGAUAAGGACGCGAAUGGGGAUUAUCUCGUUUCCCUGCGAGGGCCGAGUACGCUCUACCUCGUGAAUCAUACGACGAGCGAUAUCAUCUGGCAGAUUGGGGGGAUGAACCCGAGUUUUUCCAUGGGCACAAACACGAGCUUCUGGUUCCAACAUCACGCACGCUUCCUUACACCAGACACGUCCAAUCCCUUCCGUAUCUCGGUGUUCGACAACGCCGAUGGGGGUAACGGCGCCCAACCCGGUGACCCCGUUGCACGAGGGAUCGUCCUCGAGCUCGACACGUCUGCCAUGACAUACACGCUUAUCCAAGAGUACCCAGCACCGUUCGGUCAAACCGCCCCUUCCCAAGGCUCAACCUCCGUCCUGAGCAACGGGAACGUCUUCAUCGGCUGGGGCGCACAGCCCUACUACUCCGAGUUCUCGUCUUCCGGGGAUCUGCUAUACGAGGUGCACUUUGCGAGCCUGAACAGCACUGCCCAGAGUUAUCGCGCGUUCAAGCAAGCCUGGGUCGGGAGACCACUCACAAACCCGGAUUUCGCACUCGACGGGCAAGGGAAUGCUUUCGCCAGCUGGAACGGAGCGACAGACGUGUCAACCUGGGCCCUUCUGGGCGGAAAUUCGACGGGUUCGCUGCAGCUUAUGACGAGCACGUCCAAAUCCGGGUUUGAGACGACUAUAUCUGCUCCGACGGCGGUGCUGUUCUAUGCUGCUGCGGCCAUUGCGACGAAUGGCACGUGUUUGGGGACGACGGAGGUAUGGGCCAGCGCUAAUAUGAGCAGCACUGGUGUACUGGCGAGCUGUCCAGUGGGGACAAGUACAACUGGUUCUGCAGGAGGGUCGAGCUCGAGCAGCGGCGUACGGAGCGGUGUCGUUGGCAUCGGUGGUCUCUUGAUUGCUACUUUCCUUGCCAGUACGCUCGCACUGGCAUGA